UUUGCACUGUAAAGAUUCGAUAUAUCUAUCUAGCUAGCAGCUAGCUAAAGCUAGCUAAUGGCUGAACGUGGCAGUGACAAGAGAAAGCUAUCUCCACAGUUGUCAACUCCUACCAGUACUGAAACUAGAUAUAGACUCAAGCAGCAUGAGAAGCUACCCCAGGCCCAGAGUCAAAUCAUUGCUCAAAAAUCCAGAGACUCACCUAGGCUCUCUAUGUCGACUAGAUCUACUGGCAUAAAGUCAUCACCAUUACUGAAAUGGAAAUCUAAGGAAGAUGUAGCUCUUGUAAAGUUUAUUCUGUCAACACAUGUCCAUAGUUGGCCUACAAGGUCUGUUGAUAGUUUCUGGGACUCAGCUGCUCUCUUUGUACACCAAAACAGCCAAGAACCAUUGCGAAGCAGUUUUGCGUGUAGCUCUCGAGUGAGGAAGGUUCUCAGCAAAUACUAUGCAACACCAAAAGAAGCACAAACAGCCCUCAUGGCGCUCACUUCUAAACUCCCUGCGAGAGUAUCUUCAGAACCACAAGCUCUGAGUAUCUCGUAUGGCUUGCAGGAUAAAGCUGCCAAUACAUCGCGUUCAGCACACUUCAAGAUGGCUAAGUCAGAGGCUAAGUCCGAGGCUAAGUCAGAGCAGUUUGGACUGAGAAGGCCUCCCCUGUCUGUUACUAUAAAAGGCAUCCUAGAGAGGUACCCUGACGGACAAAUUUUCAAGGAAAUGAUCCAGAAUGCCGAUGAUGCUGGAGCUACAACAGUGUGGUUCUAUGUUGACGAGAGACAGCAUAGCACUUCCAACCUCCCUCAUCCUGACUUGGCCAUAUUCCAAGGCCCUGCUCUUGUAGCUGCCAAUGAUGCCUGUUUUACAGAAGAAGACUGGGAGGGAAUACAGAGCUUGCAGCAGAGUAUCAAAGCGGAGGACCCCUUCAAAGUUGGAAGGUUUGGGAUUGGAUUCAACUCUGUCUAUCAUCUCACAGACCUCCCAAUGAUUGUAAGUGGAAAUCGCUUAGCUUGUUUUGAACCUCAAGAAAAGGUUUGGAAAGGUGAAGUUGGGCAGGCAUUCAGUUUGGCUAGCCUUAUUGACCAGUCAUCUGAUUUUAUUACUUCACUCCAUGGCUUGGCCGGUUUCGAUAAAAAUUCAGCCCAAUAUCAACGGACUAUCUUCCGACUGCCAUUACGCACAAAAGCAUCCAGUCUCUCGGACAAAAUAUACAACACUCAAAAGCUACAACUACUCCUCGAUGCUCUUAGAGAGGAGGCCAAGUAUUUGCUUCUGUUUUUGAAGUCAGUAUGCAAGAUCCAAGUAGUGCACAUCUCACAGAGUGGUCAGCACAGCAUAUCAUUCUGUGUGGAAAUAAGUCCAGCUAGUUUAGCAUCAGUUACUUCCAAGCGUAAAUUGUUCAUGCAGCAACUUCGGCAAGCUCAUUCUGAACAGCCAUACUCGAUUUCCCGUGUAAUUUCGUUCACAGCUACCUUCUCUGUAAUUGUGACUGACAACAGUCAUAGGAAGAACCAAGCUGGCCAGAGCAAUUGGGUGAUAGUUAACAGUGUCGGAUCAGAGGACUCUACAGUACAAGCAGCUGCAGCCAAACAGUGUACAUUUCCUUGGGUCGGCACAGUUUUGGAGUUAGGUACUAGUUCCGUUGGGGGUCGAAUAUUUUGUUUCCUUCCUAUGCCAAUGGAGGCUACGUCUGGACUACCGGUUCAUGUCAACGGAACAUUUGGGCUGAACGACGAAAGACGUACUUUAAAGUGGCCGGGAAUUGAGAGAAGAAACGAUCCUACAGCAAACUGGAACAAGAUUCUUGUUAGUCAGCUCCUCCCACCUUGUUAUGCUAUGCUUCUAGUAGAUGCUAAAGAGUACAUUUCUCGUGAUCAGUUCUACAAUGCCUGGCCUGAUGUGAAUAUUGUAAACAACCAGUUUUCUGAGAUUCUCCAUCCUUUGUUCAGUGAAUUGUUUCAGCAAGCAGUUGUUUGGACUGACACAAUUCCAGUUGUUGGGAACUGGAUUCUCAUCUCUCAAGCAACCUUUAUCAGUGAAGACAGUAGUCUUCCCUCCAUUGUGAAACGAUUUCUCACCAAUUCUUCUGUGUAUCUAGUCGAAGUCCCUUCAAACAUAUGGAGAGCCAUGUAUCACGCUACAGUUGGUGUCACAGAGGUAUCUCCCAUGUUAGUUCGCUCCAAACUUCGGACACACACUGAAAGUUAUUCUAACAUUGACCCAAUUGGCAAGAGGGUGAUGUUGACGUACUGCCUCUCCGACAGUUGCUACAACGAUCUCCAAGGUUUGAAUCUUCUACCCCUAGCAAAUAGUAGCUUCACUAACUUUGAUACGACUUUCAAACAGCAGACAGUUUUCCUUUGCUCAGAUGAUUGUCCACGAUCCCUGCUCCCUAACUUAGACCACUUACUUGUCGACGUAUCAGAUGAUACAAAGCUUCAACAAAGUCUAUAUUCUGUGGCUGCUAGUCAACAGACAAAGCUCCGGCUCCUCACUGAGAGAUAUGUUGCUCGUCUUCUUCCCCAGGCUCUACCCUCAAGUAGAAACAGUCUGGUGUCCAUGCCCCACUUUCAGAUUCCCUCCACUUGGCUUCAAACGUUCUGGAAUUGGCUGCAAGAGAAAAAUCUUCACCAUUUUGCUGAGCAGCUUCUAGUUCCUUGCUACAUAUCUACCUCCAGCUCAACAAGAAGCUUUUGCCUUGCUCCCCUUAGCAGCGUGCAGGAUGUGAUUUAUGUCCGCAGGUAUUCGUCUUGCUCUAGCGAUUUGCUCUCUGCUAUCUACAAAAUGAACAUCAGAGUUUGCCUACAAAGUGAAUUUAGCUAUAUACAGCACAGCCAACUUACAUCGUACAUGAAGCAGGUAGACGUAAACAACUUGUUAGAUGCCAUAGGAUCAACGUCAAAUUACAAUCGAGUUGCCUUCACAGCACCGGAAGCUGAUAGCAUGAGAAUGUUUCUUGUAUCUAGCACAUAUACACCUUCUACAAUGAGAACUAAUGUCUUAAAGAAUAUUUGCAUAUUCUCAUCUGCUUCAAACUCAUCAGAAAAACUUUUUUCUGUGAACACAACAAAAUCGAAAUCAGUAGCAAGACAGGUUAUAGUAGAACCUAACAAAUGUGCUUUCAAUGUUUCAAACCUGCCUUCAAACCUAAUUAUUCUGUCCCGAGAAAACUACUAUCAGCUGCAGCUAUUGAAAUCCCUACAUGUCCCGUUUCUGUCUGAUUUCAAACUUCUUGUCAAUCAUGUGUUUCCGCUCAUUAAAAACAGGACUUUUCCUGACCAUCUCAUUGACAAGCUAAUGCCGGAAGUGUUGGACAUGUUCCAAGUCCUCAACUCCAGAGAGUACAAUAUGGCCAGUUACCUGCAGAGCUUACAAUUCGUAAAAACAACUAAUGGACGAAAGAGUCCUUCUAAACUAUUCACUCCUUUUGAUGCUGAUAUUUCGGCUCUGUAUAGCGGAGAAGAUGUAUUCCCUCAGGCUCCUUACAACACGAAAGGAAGAGUUCAAACUUUACAAACCUAUGGUCUCUGUGUCGCAGUCACCCCACAACAAGUCCUUGACAUUAUUUACACCAUCAGUUGUUCUUGCAGCUCAUAUCCACAACGUGUUGACAGCAUAAAGCUGAGCCGGGCCAAGGCAGUGCUUAAAUACAUAAGCACAUCUACUUUUUAUAUCCAAACAGGUGGAAGGUAUGUAGUAGAUUAUCAAAGCUAUACCUUCUCGACUGCUCUCAACUAUCUAGCUACUAGCCGGAGCUGGCUCCCAAUAGUCAGUGAUAAGCCGUCCAGUUAUCCUGGAGAGAUUUUAUGGAAAGGACACGGCCUCAACUCACAUUUUAUCUCUUUGAGCAAUUCGGUGGUUUUAUCACCUUCAACAGAAAACACUAUUCCCUGCCUAGUGGGCUCACAGGUCUACAUUGUAUGCCCUGCAGUUGCCGAUCUAAUUGCCAAUAUGUUACCAGCUGACUCUAACAAUUUCUCACAGAAUGUGGUCGCUCACUAUAAAGAGAUACUCUCGCACAAGGAUCAGCUCUCUGCUGAUGUUAUAAACUCACUUGUUCUUCAAGUGUAUGACUACAUGAAUAGUCGAGGUGUCUCCUAUCUUGCUUCGUUGUACUCUACCACAGAAUGGAUUUAUAUCAAGAAAGAGAGGAAGUUUAUAGCACCAGAUUUAGUAGCUUUAAAACAAAACUCCACCUUCAAGCGUGAUCUUGAACCGUACAUCUACGUUCUACCUGACAUCCUGUCUCAAUAUUCAACACUCUUUGGCUCAGCUUCUAGAGUCGCAGAGACUGUUAGUCAAGCCCAGAUCGUAUUCGUUCUCAAAAUGAUCAAAUACAAUGUACAAGCUAAUGCUAUUGAACAAUCAGAUGCCUGGAGUAUGAUCAUGAACAUUCUAAACUGGCUCACAAACGAUGGAAAUAGUAACGUUCCUGACGAAGUCAUGCCAGAAGAUGUUCUGAUACCAGUAGAGACUGAGUCUGAAUUGCCUCAGCUAGUUCAAGCUUCGGAGGUUGUGUACACGGACAAUAAAUUCCUCAAGGAUUACCUGCAAUCGUCAGAAGAAAAGGACUCCUACCAAUUUGUGCAUAACCACAUCUCUGCUAGCAUGGCACAUAACCUUGGUGCAGUUUCAUUGUCAGAGUUUUUGAAUACUUCUGAGGACACUUUUGAAGAUGCUGGUCAAUACGAACCACUCACAACUCGAUUGAAGAAUAUUCUCCGAGACUACAAAGAUGGACUCACUAUUAUCAAGGAACUACUGCAGAACGCUGAUGAUGCAGAAGCUACUGAAGUGAACAUUUGCUAUGACACUAGGCAGCAUGAAACAAAUCCAAAGAAACUAUUUUUCUCAGGAAUGGCAGAAGCUCAUGGUCCUGCGUUAAUUGUUCAUAACAACAAGAGUUUUUCUGAAGAUGAUUUUACUAACAUCACAAAGUUAGCUGGAGCAACCAAGGCCAACAAAGUGUUAAAGAUUGGCAAGUUUGGAAUUGGUUUUUGUUCAGUAUACCACAUGACAGAUGUACCGUCAUUUGUUAGUCGAGACAAACUAUAUAUCUUUGAUCCAACACUAUCCUAUCUAAGAAAAGAGAUAAAAAAUUUUUCUCAGCCAGCCAAGAAAAUUCGUUUCACGAGUAAGUUCAUUGCGAAUUCGCGUCAGCUCUCACCUUAUGAUGGCUUGUUUGGAUUUGAUCGUUCUGAUUACGAAGGGACAAUAUUUAGACUUCCAUUCAGGAUACACCCUAGUGAGCUUAGUUCUACCUGCUAUUCAAAUUUAAUAGUCCAGGACCUUAUAUCUGCCAUUAAGAACAGUAGCUCAACUCUAUUGCUUUUUCUACAGCACGUGAGAACUAUUACAUUCCAAACAAUCAGCCAUGGACAAAGCAUGCCAGAGAUUUUGUUUAAAAUCACUCGAGAGUGUAUUGAAGUACCUAUUCAACUCAAUGCUGGUACUGAGAUUAGAGAACUAACUUGCUUCGAUUCUCUCUCCAAUGAAUCAAACAGCCGUCAUUGGCUGGUAUCACAAGAAAGUGAGACUGAUGAUUACUCCCAACAAUACUUCACUGCAUCAGUCUCCUGCCCACUGGGCGCUCCUGGUAGCUACAGUGUGGAUGCAGAAUUCCAAGGAGAGAUAUUUUGUUUCCUACCCCUCUCUCAGAAGAUUGGCCUACCAGUGCAUUUAAGUAGCAACUUUGCUGUGAUCAAUAAUCGCAGGGGGAUCUGGACCUCAGACGAAGCCACCUCACUUACAGGCAGUGAAGUCACUUGGAAUGUUUUACUAAUGCAAGGGGUAAUUCCAAGAGCUUAUCAUGCACUUUUGAUAGCAUUGAAAGGAUUGAAAAACAACCGUUAUAUCAAGAGCUAUAAUUUCCAUGUUUUGUGGCCGCAAAAUGAAAAAUUAACCCAGCGUAAUCCAUGGACGUAUAUGAUAUCAAAACUGUUUGCACUGAUUUCAUCUGACCAACUAUUUUACUCGGAAUACCUGAAACAAUGGUUACAUGGCUAUCAAAGUAGAUUUCUUGUUCCUGGAAUCUUGUGUCAAUUAUCUUCAACUCCUAAAUGUGUUAUUGAAGUUGUUAAGUAUCUAAACCAGCCAAUUAUUGAUCUACCCAUCAUAUUCCAUUCUUAUUUCAAUUUAAAAGAAGUUACAAUUGAUGAACCUGCUUUCACUAAACUGUUUUUCCAAAACUUGAGCUCUCUUGAGUCAAUUCUCAGCACUCGCUCUGAAGUCAUUCAGUGCAUGCUUGAGCUGUAUGCAGCUGAGUAUGAUGAUGAAACAGAACGGAGCUACUUGUUAAAUGAUUAUUUCAAGAAUUAUGCCUCCAUACCAUGCACACCGGAUGGAAAAGUCCUCAGAAAAUGCACUGAAGUUGUUGACCGUGAUGCAGACUUUGCCCCCCUGUAUGAUAAGUCUGAUAGCUAUUUUCCUAGUGACGAACUAUCAGAAAGGCAUCUUUCUAGGACAGCAUUACUUAAACUUGGCAUGAUUAGUGAAGCUAUUCCAUAUGAUAUGCUUGUGGAGCGUGCUCGUAGUAUUCCGACUCGGUAUUAUUUCGACAAAACCAAAGCGUUAAAGUGUGCAAAACUUGUUCUGUCAUCAUGCACUAAAUUUGAAGUCUUGCCAAAGUACGCUAAAUCUCAAAGUAUGUCAUACCAAAGAGCCAGCAGUGGGGGGCUAUCCUCCAUUCCGUUUUUACCAGUGCUCCCAAAACCGACAGGAUACCUUCUUCCAUGGAAAGGAGAUGGGCAUGAACUUCUGUGUGGUAAAGACUUGAUGAUUGUAGGCAAUGAUAUGCAUAGAGAAAGCACCGGUAUCACCGGUAUCAAUCCUAAUCUUGCUGGGUCUCAAGUUGCAUUUUUGAAUGAAGCUAUUGUUGAAAAUGGAGGCUGUGGGUAUAUUAACAAAGACAGUCUUUUCGUGAUGAGCAUACGGAAGUCACCUUCCAUGGAUGAAGCUAUUGAACAACUUGCUGAAAUACAACGAGUUUUUGUAUCUCAACCCCUCACAGAAGAAUUGGUGGAAACCAUUGAUAGAAUGUGCCACCAAGUGUAUGGUUUCCUUGACAAACAACUUGAACCUGAUCUUGAUUCAAAAGAGAGUUCAUCAGAUUAUACUCAGAAGGAUAUUCAGCACUUGAAAGUAUCAUCUGUAUGGACUGGUAAGCAGUUUGUGAGUAAGGAGGUUGUUGGAAGUGGCUGUACCAUUGAUAUCUGUACAAAAUACCUGCAAGUAUAUUAUCGAGAAAACGUUUGAUUGAA